UGCAGAGCGGGCAGCCGCGGCCUCGGGAGCAGCUGGAGCCGGAGCUGCCGGAGCAGCGGGCGGGAGCGGUGCGGGGGGGACAGGCCUGGCGCGGCGCCCCCACCAUGGAGAUCGAGAAGGAGUUCCACCGGCUCGACCAGGCCGGCAGCUGGGCCGCCAUCUACCAGGACAUCAGGCAUGAAGCCAGUGACUUUCCAUGUAAAGUGGCCAAACAUCCCAGAAACAAAAAUAGAAAUAGGUACAGAGAUGUCAGCCCCUUUGAUCACAGUCGAAUUAAGCUAAACCAAGGUGACAAUGACUAUAUCAAUGCUAGUUUGAUAAAAAUGGAAGAGGCCCAAAGGAGCUACAUCCUUACCCAGGGACCUUUGCCAAAUACUUGUGGUCACUUUUGGGAGAUGGUUUGGGAACAGAAAAGCCGUGGUGUUGUCAUGUUGAACAGAGUGAUGGAAAAGGGAUCUGUCAAGUGUGCACAGUACUGGCCACAGAAGGAGGAGAAAGAAAUGUUUUUUGAAGAUACAAACUUGAAACUAACAUUGAUAUCUGAAGAUAUAAAAUCCUAUUACACAGUACGACAGCUAGAAUUGGAAAACCUUACAACACAGGAAACCAGAGAGAUUCUGCACUUUCAUUAUACCACGUGGCCUGACUUUGGCGUCCCGGAGUCACCUGCUUCAUUCCUCAACUUCCUGUUCAAAGUGCGUGAGUCUGGCUCGCUUAACCCGGAGCAUGGACCCGUUGUGGUGCACUGCAGUGCUGGAAUCGGGAGAUCCGGAACUUUCUGUUUGGUUGAUACAUGUCUUCUACUGAUGGACAAGCGGAAAGAUCCUUCUUCUGUGGACAUUAAACAGGUCCUCCUGGAGAUGAGGAAGUACCGCAUGGGGCUCAUACAGACAGCAGACCAGCUCCGCUUCUCCUACCUAGCUGUUAUUGAAGGGGCAAAAUUCAUUAUGGGAGAUGCUUCAGUGCAAGAACAGUGGAAAGAGCUCUCCAAUGAAGACCUGGACCCACCUCCUGAACAUACCCCACCACCUCCCAGACCACCAAAGCGAACAUCAGAAAUGCACAAUGGAAGGAUGCAUGAACACACAGAAUUCCUUCCUAAACAUCAAGUAGCAGAGGAAGAGAUAAGGUGUUUGGUCAGCACUGUGGAAGAGACGGUUCCAGAUGGCAGGGCUCAUUCAUCUGUGCCACUGAUCACAGACAGCACUAGUCAAGACACUGAAAUUCGGAGGAGAACUGUUGGUGAAAACCUGCGUCUCUCACCCCACAAAGAAGAGUCGAAGAAGUCGGAGAGCUCAGAAGAGGAUGAUGAGAACAUGAUGACAACCUGGAAGCCAUUUCUAGUGAAUAUAUGCAUGUUCACCUUCCUGACGGCGGGAGCUUACCUCUGUUACAGGGUGUGUUUUCAUUGAUGGACGUGCCAGCAAGAGCGACCCUGCAGAAAACACCACCGAUUCCAUGGGUUUGUAAUCAGCUCCUCUGAAGAAAAGCGAAUGGAGGCACCUGAGCCUCGUCUCAGUGGAGGUAGAUCUUAGCUUGAAAGGCCGGAACUUUGGUUAGGGCUUAAAGAGAGAAUUGAUGCACUAGGGUUUUAUCUAGCCCUGUGGUCCCAAGAACAUAAUAUUCUAAUCUCAGGGCCUUAAAAUAUUCAGGAGUAAGCAGAGAAAAUGCCAAAUAGUCUGUUUUCCUUUUCUUUCUUUUUUUUUUUUCCUCAAUUUCUUUCUUUUUUUAGACUCAGUAGUAGAACUACAACACAUUGUUGUUUUUAGCCUUUUUUAAAAAGCCAGUUCUUGUUCUUUUUCUUUUGUUUCAGAAAAACUAGGCACAAGUGAAACUUGCUUGUACUCUCCAAGUGUUGUAACCAAAUACAUGACUUAUAUUGACGAGUUCCCAAAAACAGAAAAAGAACCCCACAUACCUGAAGAAUGUACCUUUUUGGAAGGGGAGGGCUCUGGGGGAUGGAUGUUGUGGUUGGGGUUUUUGGUUUAGGGUUUCUUUUUAACUUGCUUCAUCAUUGCAGACUGAGUUGUGGGCAGUGCCUGUGGUAUUGAUAUAUUUAAUCCUGGCAUAACUCUUCUUAAAGAGCUUAUUGUUUUACAUGUGUUUAUAGAAACAGGCUUCCGCAUUUGCUCAGGGUAUCCCAACAUGUCAAGCUCUUUUUUUUUCCUUCUUUUCCUUUAAUAACUGUAUUCCCUCAUUGACUUUUGUUGCACUCUACUUGCACAUGCGCCUAUUUACAUUGCACCAUCCUCUGUAAAGCUGGUUUUACUUUUACAUUCUAGGUUAGGAGAGGUUGAGGGGAGGGAGAGAAACAGGAAGGGAAAUUCAACCAAAACGUGUCCACCAGCAUUGUGCAGCUGGCAUUCAGACGGACCAGUGCUUAAACCUCAUCAUUUGGAAUGUAAAAUGCAGUUUCACUCUGCUCCAUAAGGAAUAGCUUCCUGCGAGGGCCAGGGACGUGCUUGGAGCCACCGUAGGUGAUGAGCAGGAAAGCAUUGUGUAAAUCCAGAGUAAUUAAUGCUGUGGCAGCUUCCUUAAGACAUAAAAAGCUCAACAAAAGCCAUCUUGGUCUAUGGAUGUAUCAGUUGGUUCAUGAUGCAAGCGUUCGUGUGCUGCUUUGUUCAAAGCAAAGAUUUAAUGUACUGGCUUUAGUUUGGUUGAAGAGUCGCUCUUCAACACCAUGGGGCAGGUGGUACGAGGGGUAGCCCUGCACCUCUGCAGCAGGGGAUGGGGAUGCUGCCCCUGUGCCGCACCCGGGACUCGAAUCAUGUAGAGUGCUUGUAAAUAAGGAUUUGGGUGCAUUGGUAGAACUGUGACUGGAAGUCAGCAUUGCACUAACUCUUAGUCAGUGCUGUUCCUCGUGUAUUACCAAAUUAUCAAUAGAAUAACAGCAAAGGCAUCUUUGCUCACGUCAUGGCGCAGAGGAGAGGAGUAAACUCACUACCAGCGGCUGUAGUGAUUGAAACCAUGACAGCUGAUUUACAACAGUGUUACUAAUCAGUUCUUCUUAUUUUUAAAGUCUUUCUAGAGUGAUAGCACUUAACCACCAUUCUCAGUGCGAGCAUCGCUAUGGAGUACCUUACGUAAGUCUCUCCACUCCAUAUUUAUUUGUGCAAAGCUGUCUGGGUGUAGCUCUUCCUUCAGUGAAUAAGUUGGUGAAUGGGGGGGUUGGGGGUGGGAGUUAUUUCUAUUUUGUGUUUUGUUAAGCUUGCAUCAAGGGCUUUUCAAAAGUACAAUAAUAAAUCCUCAGGUAGUACUGGGAGUCAAUACUUUACCUGUGAGACUGUUGGUCAGACCAGUACUUGAAAGGAGGAAUGUUGUAAUCAGUCAAUAUUUAGUUAUAUUAUUGGAAACAUGAAAAAUGAGUAUAGAAAAAUGGUAAUAUAUAAUGGCUCAUCUGUGUAUUUAAGAUACAUUAUGUGAUUGCUUUGUCCCCACUAUUCUCUCCAUCUGGUAGAAUAUUGUUCUAAGGCAACAUUUGUACCCCAUUUGUAUUAAAAUGCAUGUAAAGUCUUCUAGUGUCCUGAUUAAAUACCACGUGCUUGAAAGGUGAAAGAACUUAUAUUUCUGCUUCCUGAUGUGCCCAAAAAUUAUAUUUGCAUGACCUGAUCCUUAAGUGGUUGUGGUUCCAAGGGUGUUGCUGAAAGUCCCUUCGUUCAGCGCUAGACUGGUUUGGUGUUUAUCGGAUAACAUGUACUCGCCCAAUCCUUGGCAUGACUUCCUAUUGAAUUCCUGCGUACUCAGUGUAACCCGGUUGUUCGGCAUGGUUCAUUUCAGCUGAGUAAGUAUAGUACAGACAUUCCAGAGAGUUUAGUAAGCCCUACCCACACCUCACCCAGGGCACUGGGGGCAGGCAAUAGCACAGCAAGUUCAGGGGCUCACUGGCUGUGCUGUCACUGGAAGAGGAGGAGAGGGAAACCUCUUGUGCCAGAGCUCGGGCAGCCUGCUGUGGCCUGCAGAGAUGCAGCUCCUCCAGCAGUGGCCCAUUUGAAAAAGAAGAACUAGCACUGAAAGAACUGUCCUGUUCCCAGGAGGGAAUACGAAAUGUUAGGCCUGACAGGAAACCAGAGCAUCCUUCCUUUGGGUGCAGAACCAUUCACUUGGAAAUUACUCUCACAAGAGAAAGCUUCUGCAGCUGAUAAGAAAAGAGUUCUGAUUAUCCCUCUUCCUGGCUUUUGCCAUUUCUCCCUCUGUUGCAAACAUUCCCAGUCCUGGGAUAGGCCGUGGAAUGUCCCCCCAGCCUGGAGAGCUGUGUGUAAGGUUUAUCAUACUGAACUGUAUGCAUUUUUGUUUCGAUGUCCUGUAUAUGUAUGUAGUAGUUUGGGUGUGUAUAUACAGUAGCGUUUCAAAGUGGGUGUAUUGGUUAACCUGUUCUUGGAAAAUGGACAAACAUCCAUGUUAAACUUGUUAGAAAGUUAGUGAGCUGCUCUGCUAUAUGCCUUAAGCAAAUAUUUACUCAUCAGGUCUUUCUUUUUUACAGAUUGCCAUAGAAUAAACUUUUGUAAAAAAAAAAAAAAAAAGAAAACCCCAAAAAA